GAAACAUUUGUCGUCAUUUUUUGUACAACCAUGGGCCGUGGACUCCAGUGGCUGUUGUACCUGGUGGUGGCAUGCGGCGUAUGCAUCACAACGCACUUCUGGCGGUCUCGAAUGCCUCCAGUGUCCCCGCCGUCUACCUCCGCCUCAGUGUUUUCAGGCCAAGCGGCCUUCGACCAACUGCGCAACAUCACGAAAACCAAACACCCGGUGCAAGCCCAGGCCAAUUUGGACAUGUAUCAUUACCUGUACGAUCAAUUGGAAGCCCUCAAUCGCACAGUAAGUCUUAACGCUGCCGACGACUCGGCGUGGCUGCCGAAUCAGCUCGUUUUCGAUACACCACGAAGUCUCGUGCGCACCCUUCCGCCAGCAACCGCGACCACCCAACCCGGCGGCGCUACACGUCAAGGGUGCAAGGACUAUGAAGGCUACAUCAAUGAAACGCAGAUCGUGGUUCGAGUGCCAGGCACGUUACCGUCCAGUGUGUUGCUAACCGCGCAUUUCGAUUCUGCGCCGUCGUCGUAUGGCGCGUCCGACGACGGCGCGGGCGUGGCAGUGAUCCUCGAGACGCUGCGGGCCCUGCUGGCGUCCCCAACUCCUCUCGACCACACCCUCGUCGUGUUUCUCGACAACGGCGAAGAGACUGGCUUGUGCGGGUCCAAGUGGUUCGUCCAGUCCGACUUGGUCUCGGCGUUCAAGGUCAAAGUGUUUGUCAAUUUGGAGGGCGGCGGCGUGGGCGGCCGAGCGAUCUUGUUUCGCGCGACAGACAACCAACUGGCAUCUUUGUACGGCCAAGUGGCCCCGUACCCGCACAUGAACAGCCUGGGCGGGUCGUUGAUUUCCCUUCUGGGCAGCUCCACCGACUACCAAGUGUACAAGCCCGCCGACAUCCCUGGCGUCGACAUUGCAUUUUACGAACACCGCGAGUACUACCACACUCCAGGGGACAACAUCGACCGCAUCUCGGCCCAGGACGUGCAGCACUGCGGCGCCAACGUCCUAGCGAUCACUCGCGCCUUGCUAAACACCAACUCCCUGGACGACUGGAGCUCCCAUGAUGAGGCUCUGUACUUUGACGUGAUGGGGCAGUGGGGGGUGACAUUGACUGUGGCCAAGAGGUGGCUCGUGGUGCUAAGUACAUGGGCUGCCGCCGGUGUGGUGGUGCUCGUGCAUUACUAUUCCACUUAUUGGUUUGACCAGAAAACUACCAGUAUGACCUUGGGGCAAUUUGUCAGAUCCGUCGUCGUCAGUCACUGGUCGUAUUUUGCUACUGCCUUGGGGGUAGGGACGUUCGCGGCGUUGCUGGCAAACGUGCCGUUGGUGGGAUUUCUACUCGUGACGCGCAACUCGUUGCUGUCGUGGACGGUGCUCCCCAAUGCCAUCGUAGGGCUCUUGGUGGGCGUCGACUUCGCAGCCAAGUUGUGGCGACGACAAGGCAAAACGGCUCAGAGUAUCCUUCCCCUGGCCGAUGAUUGGAUGCGCUUAGCCACUUCUGGAGCAACGUUCGGCGCGUUCGUGUCCACCUUGCUUGUGUUUAAUGCCCCGCUGUUGUACCUAUUCCCUGUGGCUACAGUGGCAUACGCUAUCGUGCUUGUGUUUGUGUAUAUUGGAGUCGGCUUUGCGAAGAGUCGUCCGAGCCCACAUCCGGACGCCAUGACGUGGCAGCCUGCCGUGUCGUACGCGUCGAUUCCACCGUCGGAAGAACCAGCGAAUCUGUCCGUGGUGCCCUUGGCCAUCGGAAUGGCGCUGGUGGCGGCUCUGGGGGUGUUUCUAUUUGUGGCACUCCCUGUAUCCGUGGACAACUUGUGGAUGAUACAAUCCGUGGGAGGGUGCGACCCCCUCAUCAUGGCUGCCGCGCCGGUGAUCUUGGCCCCGGUCUUGUACUUGGUGCUGCCGUGGUUUGUACUCACUUGGGGAGGCGGCGAGGCCUUGCUCUUGUUUCAGGUGUACCUUGCGGUGUGGGCAGUGGCCACGGUUCAAUACGCGGCGUCCGUGUGAACGCGUUAAGUGGAAUACAUACUUUAAUUACGCUGACUGCAACUAGAAAGGUUGUGUUACUAAUUGGCUGGGAUUAUCAAUCACUACGCUUGUUUUGCUGCA